UUUAGUCAUAGAUAAGUUGGGUCGUCCCACACUCCUACAGUUGGCUUGUUCCGAGGCAAUGUAUCAGUGACUUCAUUGACUUUGUGACACCUUGGUGAAAGAAGGAUGACAACAAAACAAAAACAUGAUGGAAUCACAGUAAUCUACAACAGAACAGUGGCAGGAGGGGGCGAUGGAACCACAGUACCCGACAACAUAACAAUGACAGGAGGGGAUCAUGUGCAUCAUCAGAAUAUGGCUGCUAUAGUUGAGGGUGGUAUGGGGAAUAACACCACCAACAGAGGGGAUCAUGUGCAUCAUCAGAAUAUGGCUGCUAUUGUUGAGGGUGGUAUGGGGAAUAACACCACCAACACAUUUCAGUAUAAGGUUCAGCAGUUUGGAGAUGUGACGAAUGUGAUCUUCAGCGCAACGCAGAACACUGGUCAAUCGGAGGACGAAGAGAAACCACUGACCACAGUACAGAAGAUCAGGAAACGAACAGAAUCAAGGAUACAGUCAUGGACCCAAGGUAUGGUUAAGACACAGGCACAUCAGGAGGUGAUGGAGAAGAUUGACAGAGGAGCAACAUGGGUGACAAUAAAGGGAAGACCAGGAGAGGGGAAGUCUACAGUGGCCUACAUGGCCCUCAGAGAUCUGCACAGCCAAGGGAGACAAGUAUUCCAAGUUGUGUCCCCAGACGAAUUCAAUGAGGUAACCAGGACUUGUACCAACCCGGUGAUUAUGUUGGAUGAUAUAUUUGGUGAUCUGGAAUUUGACGUUGCAGAGUGGACCAAGUGGAGACCCUCUCUUCGGCCCAUUCUUGAUUUGCAAAAGCCUGACGUAGAGCUGAAUGGAGCUUUGAAUGCGUCAACUGACAUCAAUCCAGAGCAAAAUAGAAAGAAACAGUCUUUAUUUAUUCUUGUAGGACGUGAUUAUGUACUAAAAUCCUCUUUACCAGACCUUGGAAGAGUGAAAGAAUAUCUUACAAGUAGUAAACAUCUUGUCCAACUCUCACCAACCAGAGGUCAUGAAGAAAAACUGAAUAUUUUGAAAUCAAUUUUUCGAAUGGAAGGUGUUGACUUUGAGGAAAAGGUCAUGUUUGAAUUGAGCCACAUUGACUGUCCACAUGGGUUUCCACAUGUCUGUAGACUUUUUGCAACAACCUUUAAACAGAAUCCCAAGGUAUCAGCAAAGGAGUUUUUCGCGAGUCCUCUUGUAUUUCUAAACCAAACGUUGCAGAAAUUAAUAAACAAUAAAUCAAAGGGUCAACUCCUGAAGGCAAUGAUCCAAGGAGAUGGGAAAGUGUCUCAGUCUGAAUUGUAUAAAGACAAAUACAAGAUGCAUGACUGUGUUUCAUCUGCCAAUGAGCUUGUUGGGUCAUAUCUGAAGCUGGAAGAUGGUACAUACAUGUUUGACCAUCCAUCAAUCUAUGACAGUGUUGCAUUUCUUCUGACUGAAAAAGAUCCAGUAUUUGUCAUUGAGAAUUGUAGUCUCUCAUUCAUCAACCAGCGACUGAGGCAUGGGACUGUUGAAAACCAAGAGUUGGUUGCAGACAUCCCACUUUUCUGCAUUGACAACUUGGUGCAGAGAUUUGCCCUGGAGAUUCAGCUGGGCAACUUGGCAUAUGUAAUCUCACACCAAGUCUGUUGUGAUCCCGACUUCAUUGAUAAACUGAUGAACAUACUGAAUGUACAAUAUCAAAUAUCUGUAAAUACAUUUCUGAGGAACACUGAUAAAGAAACACUACAAUCCUGUUUGGAGUUGCUUCCAAGCAACAAAUCUUCAACCAUGGUGAAAUACAUACUGGAGAAGGGAAACAUUACACUGCAACAGAUGGAGAUAGAUGAGAUCUUAUUGGGUGUGUGCAAACAUGCUACAGGUAAUGUGCUAACAUAUCUGACAAAACAUGUAAAACUGGACGUCGAUGCUACAUACGGACACAGUGAGCAGACCCCGCUGAUGCUGGCAGCUGAGACUGGAGAUUGUAACUUUGUACACCAGAUACUUCGCCUUCAUCCUGAUCUGAAUGCAUCUGACAGAUAUGACAAAACUGUGUUGCAUUACCUGUGUGAACAUGGUCUUGUGUCAGCUGUGGAGUAUGUGAUCGACAAGGGUGUAGAUAUUGAUGUUACAGAUCAGAUGCGUCAAACUUCACUUUUUCUAGCGUGUUGGUCUGGUCACAAGGGCGUAGUGAAACUGUUACUGGAUAGAGGAGCAGCAGUAAAUGUGGAUAACUAUCAUACGUCUCCUCUAGAUGCGGCUUGUCUCAGAGGCUACAAAAAACUGGUGCCGGAUAGAGGUGAUGAUGAUUCUAUGGUUUUGACAUGUUUGAAAGGAAUGGAGGAAACAGAAACGUUUUUGCUGGACGUAAGAAGACUUAUUCCUUCUCUCGAUAACCCUUUUAAGCCUCUGUAUGCAGCAUGUACGCGUGGACAUACCAACAUUGUUAAGACUUUACUCUUAGCAGGAGCUGAGCUUAGUGGCGACGAAGUGUGUGCUGCAUGUACAAGUGGGAAUCUGGAUAUUGUUAAGAUGCUGUUUGAUGAAGGGGGGACAGUCAAUAUGAUAUCGAAGGACGGACAACUCCCUCUUCAUGCAGCAUGUGAAAGUGGAAAGCUGGAUGUCGUGAGAGUUUUGACGGGGAAAGGAGCAAAUGUCAGCAUGGUGGCUCCAAAUGGAAAUACUACACUGCACGCAGCGUGCAAGCGAGGAAGCCACGAAGUUCUUUUAUUUUUACUUGAAAAGCUUCAUACGUCUCACGGAGAAGAGGAAGAAGACGUUUUCAGGCAGCAGAAAGCUGACAUAAAUUCCAAUAUACAGACAAGAGACAUCCCGGCAGUGAAUGUAGAGGAUAACACAAGAAACACACCACUUCAUGGAGCAUCAAUGUGUGGAUCGAAAGAGUGUGUUGACAUGUUACUGAAGGCUGGGGCUGAUGUAAAAGUACAAAACAAGACAGGCGACACUCCACUUCAUGAAGCAUCAGGGUGUGGAUCUCAAAAGUGUGUUGAUAUGUUACUGAAGGCUGGGGCUGGUGUGAAUGUCGAGAAUACAACAGGAAACACGCCACUUCACGGAGCAUCAAAACGUGGAUCGAAAGAGUGUGUUGACAUGUUACUGAAGGCUGGGGCUGAUGUGAAUGUACAGAAUACAACAUCUGGCGUAUCGUGUGGAUCGAGAGAGUGUGAUCAUCUGUUACUGAAACCUAGGGCUGAUAUACAGAUACAGGAUGGAACAGGCGACACACCACUUCAUAACGCAUCAAGUUGUGGAUGUCAAAAGUGUGUUGAUCUGUUACUGAAGGCUGGGGCUGAUGUAAAAGUACAAAACCAGACAGGCGACACUCCACUUCAUAACGCAUCAGGGUGUGGAUCUCAAAAGUGUGUUCAUAUGUUACUGAAGGCUGGAGCUGAUGUAAAAGUACAAAACAAGACAGGCGACACUCCACUUCAUGAAGCAUCAGAGUCUGGAUCUCAAAAGUGUGUUGAUAUGUUACUGAAGGCUGGAGCUGUCGUGAAUGUCGAGAAUACAACAGGCGACACACCACUUCAUAGAGCAUCAAAACGUGGAUCGAAAGAGUGUGUUGACCUGUUACUGAAGGCUUCGGCUGCAAUACAGGUACAUAAUAAAAGAGGCGACACACCACUUCAUGGCGCAUCAUUGUAUGGAUCGAAAAAAUGUGUUGACAUGUUACUGAAGACUGGGGCUGAUGUGAAUGUACAGAAUACAACAGGCAACACACCACUUCAUGCAGCUUCGGGGUAUAAAUCGAAAGAGUGUGUUGACGUGUUACUGAAGGCUGGGGCUAAUGUGAAUGUACAGAAUACAAAAGGAAACACACCACUCCAUUUCGCAUCAAAUAGUGGAUCGAAAAAGUGUGUUGACCUGUUACUGAAGACCGGGGCUGAUGUGAGAGUACAGAAUACAAUAGGAAACACACCACUCCAUGGCGCAUCAAACAAUGGAUCGAAAAAGUGUGUUGACCUGUUACUGGAGGCUGGGGCUGAUGUGAAUGUACAGGAUACAACAGGAAACACACCACUUCAUGAAGCAUCAUUGAAUGGAUCGAAAGAGUGUGUUGAUCUGUUACUGAAGGCUGGGGCUGAUAUACAGGUACAGAAUAGAAAAGGCGACACACCUCUUCAUAACGCAUCCAGGUAUGGAUCUCACAGGCGUGUCGAUAUGUUAGUGAGGGCUGAAGUGAAGGACGACACACCACUUCUUGGAGCAUCAAUGUAUGGAUCGAAAGAGUGUGUUGACCUGUUACUGAAGGCUGGGACUGAUGUGAAUGUACAGAAUACAAAAGGAAACACACCACUUCAUUGCGCAUCAUUGAAUGGAUCGAAAAAGUGUGUUGACCUGUUACUGAAGGCUGGGGCUGAUGUGAAUGUACAGAAUACAACAAGGAACACGUCACUUCAUGGCGCAUCAUUAUGUGGAUCGAAAGAGUGUGUUGAUCUGUUACUGAAUGCUGGGGCUGAUACACAGGUACGGAAUAUACAAGGUGACACACCACUUCUUAACAUAUCCAGGUGAGGAUCUCAAAAGUGUGUUGAUAUGGAGCUGAUAUUCAGGUAUAGAAUUACACUUGCGACACACCUCUUCAUGGUGCAUCACUUCCCGGAUGGAAAGUGUGUUGCACUA